AUGGAGGACGCGCAGGCCUACGCCGACUACCCGCUAAACUGCUCGUGGCCGGACGAGGCGGGGCUCAACGCCAGCGGCGACAUCGGCGGCUACUAUGGCGAAGACUGCGUGUGGCCGCCGCCACCGCGCCCCUACCAGCUGCACUGGACCAUCAAGCUCGCCUGGAGCCUCCUAUACGGACUCAUGCUAUCCGUCGCCACCGUCGGAAACUCCACUGUCAUCUGGAUCGUACUCGCGCACCGGCGCAUGCGCACGGUGACCAACUACUUCCUGGUGAACCUGAGCGUGGCCGACCUGCUGAUGGCGCUGCUCAACUGCGCCUUCAACUUCGCCUUCAUGCUCAACUCGGACUGGCCGUUCGGCGGCGUCUACUGCUCGGCCAGCAACUUCGUGGCAAACGUCACAGUCGCGUCCAGCGCCUUCACGCUCGCCGCCAUCUCUCUCGACAGGUACAUGGCGAUCGUACGACCGCUGCAGCACCGCAUGACACGCCGGAGGGCGCUCCUGGCGCUUCUGGCGGUGUGGGUGGCAAGCGCGGCGCUCGCUGGACCUUGCCUCGUCUUCUCCACCACCGUCACCAGAACGUAUGCUGGUGGUGAGGAGUCACGGAUAUGCUUCCUGGAGUGGCCGGACGGACACUACCCACAGUCUCUCACCGACUACGUGUACAACGUGGUGUUCCUGUGCGUGACGUACCUGGUGCCUGUGACGGCGAUGGCCGUGUGUUACGGCCUGAUGGGGCGCGAGCUGUGGGGGGACCGCGGCAUCGGCGAGAAGACGGCGCGGCAGCAAGAAGCCGUCCGCUCCAAGAGGAAGGUGGUGCGCAUGCUGGUGCUGGUGGUGGCCAUCUUCGCGAGCUGCUGGUUGCCCUACCACGCCUACUUCAUCUACGCCUACCACGACCCAGCUGUCGCCUCCAGCUGGUACGUGCAGCACCUCUACCUCGGCUUCUACUGGCUCGCUAUGGCCAACGCCGGUGUCAACCCUGCCAUCUACUACUGGAUGAACAACCGGUUCCGGCUGUACUUCCAGCGCGCCCUGUGCCGGCUGUGCUGCAGCUGCGCGACAGCCUCCAAGCAGCGGGAGGCGCAGAUGGGCCUCACCUACUUCCGCAACACGCCGCACAGUAACUCAGAGACCACUAGGCGCAUGCGCGCCAAUGAGGAGGGCGGAUGACAACGUGCUGCAGG